AGUUAGAGCAGCCUUGCUGGAAAAGUCAGUAAGACAGUUCAAGGUUGAUCAGAUUAUAUGCAUAUCAACCAUAGUCCAGCACACUGAGUUGCUCAGGGAUAACAGAUAUAACACAACUAGAGUCUUCUGCUUAAUUCAAGAUGGCUCAGGAUGGCAAGGUCCUGGCUCUGGGAGUUCUGGCUGGUGCUGCAGGGAUCAGUUUGGCAGCUUUAUGGUACCAGAGCCGGAGAGCUGUGGUGGGGGCAGCAGGGACAAGUACCUAUUAUCUGUCAAGCAGCAAAAACUCAAACCAGCUUGGAGGCGGUGUGGCAUUGCAAUCAGGCCAGACAGAGGUGCUGGAUCGCCUCGGAGCUCUGAUUCAGUGUGUGUCGGAGCUGAAAGAGGAGGUGAAGGCCCUGAAGAAUGCUCUUCCACACCUGCAGGACCACAUCAGAGAUGAGUUAACAGGGCGGAGUCGCAGGACAAGUCCACUGAAUAGAAGCACACCUGUAAGGAGGAAGAGAGCCAGCGGUGUGGCCAGAGGACAGGGGCAGAGCUCAGAGGAAGCAGAAAGUGAAGGAGGAUAUAUCACAGCACUGACCGACACUGAAGACGAGUUUGAGAGUGAAGAGGAACGCAAAGUUGUAGAGCCGCUGGAUGAGCUCACGGUUCUGUUACAGAGAGCAGAUGGGCUGCAUGCGUGUGAUGGAGCUGAAAAGAAAGACGGCUUGUUCACUCUGUUGGAUAAGAAAGAAGAGUAUGAACAGAAGUGGCAGUAUCUGUGGCGGUUAACCAGAGCCUAUGCUGAUGCUCAUGACCUGGCUGGAGACCUUCAAGAAAAGAAGAUAUAUGCUGAAACAGGAAAGCAAAUUGGAGAACAAGCCAUUUCAUUGAAUCCCAUGUGUGCUGAAAGUCAUCAGUGGUAUGCUAUUCUAUGUGGACUUCUGUCAGAAUAUGAAUCUAUCCAAAAUAAGAUAAAGAAUGGUUAUCUCUUCAAGGAUCAUUUGGAUAAAGCCAUUGAGCUGAAGCCACAGGAUCCGCUGUCUUAUUAUCUGCUGGGCCGCUGGUGCUAUGCUGUAGCCCAGUGUACAUGGAUUGAGAGGAAAAUUGCUGCUGCAUUGUUUGGAGAGCCUCCGAAUGCGACAGUUCAUGAUGCCCUGCAGAACUUCCUCAAGGCAGAAGAGAUGUGUCCGAGGUAUUCUAAAUUCAACUAUGUGUUUUUAGCAAAGUGCUAUAAAGACCUGGGCCAGAAGAUCCAAGCCAAGAAGAUGUGUGAUGCUGCAUCUGAUAUGAAAAUAACAACUAAGGACGAUGAGGAAGCACAAAAGGAGCUGGACUCUCUUCUCUUGUCUCUUUAGUCGGAAACAGACUCAUGUCUCCUGUAUGUUUAGGCCACAGUUGUGGUGAUGGACUCAAGUUGUGACCAUAUGACUGUUAUUUUGAUUUUCUCUAAUUGUCUUGCUGAAUGUAGAUGACUAUUAAUAUUAAAGACAACUGAACUUUGACCAGCGAUAAUCUGCAGUACAACUUAUGCCACAAACUAAGAGGCCAUGUAAAUACAAAAAGUCGUAAAUGAAAAGAUUUCCUCAGUUUUAGCACCCAUACAAUUGUGAACAAAUCAUUAAUUCCUUAGCUAGCCGCCCUGUAAGAGUAAGAUCUUUUCUUGACUUCAUGGCCAGUGUUCAGUGCAAUCCAUUACAUUACUGCAUGUUAUCUUGCACCAUCUCUCCUCUUUCUUCUUUAUUUUUCACUACAUUUUCGCGCACUUGGAAAAAACGCUAACGGUUCUCAUUUUUUUAGAAUUUUGGAAGAUUUUUUUGGAGGAGUAUAUUAGACCUGUUUAUCAGAUUUUCAUUCUUAAUGUUAUUGUUUCCAUAUCUGAGCUUAUAUCCUCAUCCCGUUUUUAAGCAAACUGAUUACUGAUUCAAGAAAAUGCUGGAUUAUCUUUUUUUGUUAGAUUUUGUUUCAUUUUCUUAUGACAGAAGGUGCUAGUUCAUAAUGCUUAUACACAGUAAUACUUUUAGCUUUGACCCUUAAAAAAAAAUACUGAAAAGAGUAUUGAUGCUAUUAUGUUAUAUUAUAUUAUAAUAUAUAUUAUAUUAAUCAUGUAUCACUACAAAAUUGGAGAUGGAGGGAAUUGUGUUUCUUUUCUGGCCAUUGUAAACAAAAUGUUCAAACACUGUACAUAUAUACAUAUAAUACAUAAUCAUUCUCGGCAGAGGGAACAGUGUUUUUUAAAUUUGUUGAAGUUUACUAAAAUCAUAAAAUGUGAAAUCUGGGAAUGUUUUGGAUGUUGAUGGAAUGGUGCUGCUCUUGAUCUAGAGAUUCUUUGUACCUAAAUAUGAGGAAUAUCAUAUAUGCUCCCAGUUCUUAGUAUAGGCAGUAUAUUAAACUCUAAAUCUUAACACGAUUAUUUUAAUGUAGGUUAACGUAGCCAAUCCCCUAUUCCUAUAUCAAACUAAAAGUGACUUUUUCAGCUAGUCAAUUCCUUCAGCAGGCCAAAAACUGAAAGUUAUAGUGGAUGUUAAAAUGUAUUGUUUUGAUAGAACACAUCAUAUUUGUAUGGAUGUAUUUGUAAAAGGAUGUUUGUAAGGAUGAUUAUUUACUUUUUUUUUUCAGUUUUAGUAUACGUUUCAGCCCAACCAAAGAAACCAAAAGAAAAUGUAGCGUGUGUGUCUGUGUGAUGUUUUUUGUUUUGUUUUGUUCAUUUUUAAUUUGUAGUUAAGUGUGUGUCUUGUAGUCCAGCAGCCACAGCAAUAUAUGAUUAAUUGUACUUUAUGAUCUGGAAUAUUAUAUGUUAUCUGUGAAUUAGUAGCUGCCCAUAUUGUUGAGUUAAAAAUUGUCCACAUAAUAGUUGUACACACAAAAUAUAGAAAUAUACUGGAUAUUGCUAUAUGACUAUAUGCUAUUCAUUGCAGUGAACUACCAAAUGUGAUUUGGUAUAAAUGUGAUGUGAUUUGGAUGUAAAGUAUAUGAUCCUCACUCAAAUUGUAAACUAUAUCUUUGAAUGAUUGUUUCUGUAACAUUCAAGACUGUGAUUGUUAACGGGUUUGAAUCAUUCGCAAUCAGUUGUUUUGUUGAAAAUAAUAAAUAAUCUCUGUCCUCCCCCACCAGAAAGAAGGCCUGAUGUAUG